GCUUUAUGCCCCGCCCACUCAUUCCUAAUAUUUCAGCCAGCGGAAGUUGGGACAGGUUUCUACGGUCUCUGGUGGGUCGGUUGAAGGGCUUCGGGGCUAUUAAAAAAAGACCUGACUUUACACAAUGGCAGCAAUACUCCGGUCCGUCCUGAACCACAAGACCCCGCUGCAGCUGGGCCGUAUGUGUUACUCCUCAGUGCCCACCACCAAGCUCUUCAUCGAUGGCAAGUUUGUGGAGUCCAACACCUCGGAAUGGCUCGACAUUCACAACCCAGCCACAAAUGAGGUGGUGGGACGGGUUCCCAAAGCAACCCAGACCGAGAUGCUGGCGGCCGCGGAUUCCUGCUCCAAAGCCUUCCGGUCCUGGUCCGAGACCUCCAUCCUGAGCCGGCAGCAGAUCUUCCUGCGCUACCAGCAGCUCAUCAAGGACAACAUUAAAGAGCUGGCCAAGAUGAUCACGCUGGAACAAGGCAAGACCCUCGCAGAUGCUGAAGGCGACGUAUUCAGAGGACUCCAGGUGGUGGAGCACGCCUGCAGCAUCACGUCGCUGAUGCUGGGCGAGACGCUGCCGUCCAUCACCAAGGACAUGGACACGUACACCUACCGGCUGCCCAUCGGCGUGUGCGCCGGCAUCGCCCCCUUCAACUUCCCGGCCAUGAUCCCGCUGUGGAUGUUCCCCAUCGGCAUGGUGUGCGGCAACACCUACCUGAUGAAGCCCUCGGAGCGCGUGCCCGGAUGCACCAUGCUGCUGGCCAAGAUGCUGCAGGACGCCGGGGCGCCCGACGGCACGCUCAACAUCAUCCACGGCCAGCACGCCGCGGUCAACUUCAUCUGCGACCAUCCUGCCAUCAAAGCCAUCAGCUUUGUGGGCUCCAACCAGGCAGGAGAGUACAUCUACGAGAGAGGCUCCAAGAACGGCAAGAGGGUGCAGUCCAACAUGGGCGCCAAGAACCACGGCGUGGUGAUGCCGGACGCCAACAAAGAGAACACCAUCAACCAGCUGGUGGGCGCCGCUUUUGGAGCGGCCGGCCAGCGCUGCAUGGCGCUGUCCACCGCCAUCUUUGUGGGCGAGUCUCGCGAGUGGCUGCCCGAGCUGGUGGAGCGCUCCAAAUCGUUGCGCGUCAACGCAGGCGAUCAACCCGGCGCCGACGUGGGACCCCUGAUCUCUCCUGAGGCCAAGAAGCGGGUGGAGUCUCUGAUCCAGAGCGGCGUGAACGAGGGGGCCAAGCUGCUGCUGGACGGGAGGAACGUCAAUGUGAAAGGAUACGAAAACGGCAACUUUGUGGGACCCACCAUCUUGGGUGGUGUGACGACAAACAUGACUUGCUACAAAGAGGAGAUCUUCGGUCCGGUGCUGGUGGUCCUGGAGGCCGACAGCCUCGAUGAGGCCGUCGCGCUGAUCAACAGCAACCCUUAUGGCAACGGCACCGCCAUCUUCACCUCCAACGGCGCCACAGCGCGCCGAUACACGCACGAGGUGGACGUGGGUCAGAUUGGUGUGAACGUCCCCAUUCCUGUGCCCUUGCCCAUGUUUUCCUUCACGGGCUCCCGAGGUUCCUUCAGAGGAGACACAAACUUCUACGGCAAGCAGGGCAUCCAGUUCUACACCCAGAUCAAGACCGUGACGUCACAGUGGAAGGCUGAGGACGCCACCGUGACGAGCCCUGCCGUCACCAUGCCAACCAUGGGACGCUAAGCCCCAAACUGUACAAUCAGUGACUUUUAACAUGCCUUAAAACAUUUAAGAGGGAUGCAGAAAGGUUUUUGUAUUAGUUUGUGAUUGUUAGUCUCCUCCUCCUAUGGAGAAAAUUGACCCACUGUUGUCGGCCAUCAUGGAUAUUUUGUUUUAUUCCCGUCGUGUCCUGGAAGAGAGCAGUUUAAUCCUUGACACAAUCAUGUUCCCCUGAGCCUGCAGGGAGCAAACAAAAGAUUUUUUUUUUUUUUAAAAAGGACGUCUUCCGCCACUGUUUGAGGUUGACAUGCAACAUGCAGGGAAGGGAACACCAGAAGCGAAUCUAUGCACUCCUCUGUUGUGCUUUAUUCACCCUGUAAGGCAGAUGAGCUCUUUAUACAGUAUUUUGUGUGAUGGUUAAGAUUGUAAAAAGCAAUAAACUGCAGUGGUUUACUUGUU